CGCUGGUUCAGAUUCAGUUCUAGUGGCCAACAUGGAGAGUCACAGAGUCCAGUCUUCCUACCGGAGGCGUUUUUCCCCCCAGGCCCCCAGCGGGGUCCGCGUGGGGGGUCUCACCUCCAGCCGCCUCUCCUGGCACCACGGCAGCCCCCGCACCUUCGCCCACUCCAGCCCGGUCCAGCGGAUCACCCCGCAGGGCCCCGUGGAGAGACUGGACUUCUCGGCCGACUCGCUGCUGAAGGCCCACUUCAAGGAGACGCGCACCAACGAGAAGGUGGAGAUGAUGGGCCUCAACGACCGCUUCGCCAGCUUCAUCGAGAAGGUGCGCGUGCUGGAGCAGCAGAACAAAGUCCUGGCGGCCGAGCUGGCACAGCUGAGGGGGAAGGAGCCCAGCAGGGUGGGCGACAUCUACCAGGCCCAGCUCAGGGAGCUCCGGCAGCAGGUGGCCGACCUCGGCACCGAGAAGGCCCGCGUGGAGAUCGAAAGGGACAACAUGGCAGCCGACGUGGCCGUGCUCAAGCAGAGGUUGCAUGACGAGGUGGCCCUCAGGCAGGAUGCAGAGAACAACCUGAAUGCCUUCAGACAGGAUGUGGAUGAAGCGUCCCUAAAUCGAGUCCAGUUGGAGAGGAAGAUUGAAGCUCUGCGGGAUGAGAUUGACUUCCUGAAGAAGAUUCACGAGGAGGAGCUCCAGGAGCUGCAGCAGCACAUCAUGGCCCAGCAGGUCCACGUGGACAUGGAUCUCGCCAAACCGGACCUGACCGCAGCUCUGAGGGACAUCCGGGUCCAGUAUGAGACCAUGGCUUCUUCUAACAUGCAGGAGACGGAGGAGUGGUACCGCUCCAAGUUCGCUGACCUGACAGAUGCAGCCAAUAGGAACGCUGAGGCCUUGCGCCAGGCCAAGCAGGAGGCCAACGAGUACCGGCGUCAGGUCCAAGUGGUCACCUGCGAUCUGGAGGCGCUCCGUGGAACGAACGAGUCCCUGGAACGUCAGCUCCGGGAACUGGAGGAGCGUUUCUCCAUGGAGGCGGCAGGCUACCAGGACACGGCCAGCCGCCUGGAGGAGGAGAUCCAGGGCCUGAAGGAGGAGAUGGCCCACCAUCUGCAGGAGUACCAAGACCUCCUUAACGUCAAACUGGCCCUGGAUAUCGAGAUCACCACCUACAGGAAGCUGCUGGAAGGGGAGGAGAGCAGGAUUGUUAUGCCAGUCCAGAGCUUCUCCAACCUGCAUUUAAGAGAUACUCUUAUGGACACCAGAAGCCCGGAUCUCCACUUGAAGAGGAGCAUCCUGGUCAGAGCUGUGGAGGCCAGAGAUGGAGAGGUCAUUAAGGACUCUAAGGCCACUGAGCAUUAGUCUGUCUGGUCCUCCAUGACAAUAUAGUAACUACUCAUAACUACUGUACUCCUUUUUUAUCUUUAUUUUUACAAAAAUACAAACGUGUCCUACAAUAUAUUUUCAUCACCAUUUUUCCCCAGCACUGCCAUGACACUUCGUACUCUGAUUCUAAUGUUUUGUUAAAAAAAAAACACUGGACACUUUAUUAGGUACACUAGUCUUCUGUCCCAUAAAUAGAGACAUGAUUUAUUUUGAUGAAGUGUACAUUUGUUUCCAAUAUUUUGACAAAAUAUGACAAACAAAAUAUUAGGAAGGUUUCUGAUUGUAUUGUCAAAUUUGCAAACAUGCCAGAGUACUACGAUGCCUGUUGGGGUACAUUGUGAUGGUUUGCGUAGACGGCCCUUUUUAAUGACUGAUAGCUUGUACGGGUGUACCUAAUGUAGUGGCCAGUGAUUGUAUGGACGGACCUGGCGUAGUUAUUUUCCAAGCCGAAUGUGACCUUUGCUCCUCCAAUAAGCACCGAGCGCAUGAGUCGUUAUCUGAGUAUUUUGACACACUGCAGAGUGGAACUUGGUGGAUGGGGGGGGCGGGAUUGGGGAGG